GUAUACUUCAAAAAAUUUUUAGCACUAUUUCACAUAGUUGAAUUGCAAUUGCUUUCAGAUUUAUUUGCAUAUGUACUUGUGUAGAUACAAACAGUACUUGUACAUCGUUGUGCUAGAGUUGACAAAAAAAAUUAGGCUUAAACAUACUAAGGCGUUGACAUUCCAUUGUGAGGUAUUUGGAAAGAAACAUGUUUAGUAUAAGUGAGUUGUGCUGCAUGUUUUGCUGCCCACCCUGCCCGGGUCCGAUUGCUGCCAAAUUGGCGUUCCAGCCUCCAGAGCCAACAUACAAGUUGACAGCAGCUGAUGACUCCAACCUAAAGUACAAUCUGCAGCUCUUUGACAGAGCCGAAUGGCAAUACUCUGAACGUGAAAAGUCAAAGGUGGAAGCAUUCUUUACUCGAACAUCGCGUGGAAAUUUGAUAACAUGUAUAUACGUACGAUGCAGCAAAAAUGCAAAAUACACACUGCUCUUUUCGCACGGCAACGCGGUAGAUUUGGGCCAAAUGAGUAGUUUUUACCUAACGCUGGGAUCACAAAUAAAUUGCAAUAUUUUUGGAUAUGAUUAUUCAGGAUAUGGCAUGAGCGGAGGAAAACCUUCUGAAAAGAAUUUAUAUGCUGACAUUGAAGCCGCUUGGCAGGCUAUGCGUACUAGGCUUAAUAUAAGUCCCGAAACAAUAAUAUUAUAUGGCCAAAGCAUCGGAACCGUACCCACCGUAGACCUGGCAACACGACAUGAAGUAGGCGCUGUUGUACUUCAUUCACCUUUAAUGUCGGGCCUGCGCGUAGUUUUCCGAAAUACAAAACGAACCUGGUUUUUUGACGCUUUUCCUAGUAUCGAUAAGGUUGCAAAAGUGAAAUCUCCAGUGUUGGUUAUUCACGGGACUGAUGACGAGGUUAUUGACUUUUCCCAUGGCAUCGGUAUUUACGAGCGAUGUCCCAAAACUGUUGAACCGUUUUGGGUUGAGGGCGCCGGCCAUAACGAUGUAGAAUUGCAUCCGCAAUAUUAUGAGCGAUUGCGUAAGUUUCUUACAGUGGAAUUAAUCAAAUGACAACUAAGGAACGCAAAUGAAGGAGGAGUUAGUAGCAACACAUCGGCGGG